GUCUGCAGACUGGAGGGAUGGAGGAGAGGAAGUGUGAAGCUCUCAGACGGUCUGGGGGAGGAACUGCUGCUUUAUCUGAUGAGGGUAGCAGGAAACCAUCACAGCUUCAGUAUGACCAGCGACACUUUGCUCUGCUUCUUCCUGUCUCUGCAGAUCUCCAGCAUUCCUGCUGCAGUGAAUCAGUUCACUAGAUCAGCAGGAGAAGAUUUCUCAGGACAUUGUGGCUCUUCUUUCUCUGGAACCAGGAAGAUCUUCUGCAGGGAAAACUGUGGGAACGGAAACGUUCUGAUAGAAACCACAGAGAACUCAGCUGAAAACGGACGAUACAGCAUUGAAUAUGUCAAAGUUCACGGACCAAACAUUUACAGCUUCUCUGUGAAGAUCUCAGCCCUGACUGAGUCUGACUCGGGUCGGUACAGAUGUGGUUUGGGCCAAUCCUCAGAGUCCUACCAGGAUUUCACUCUCACUGUUUCAGGAGUAGAUAAGAUGUCAACAUCCUCCGUUUCAGUUUCAACUCCUUUAACCUCGACACCAACAGAUUUACGGAGUCUCAGCUUCAGUUCAGAAAGUUUCACACCUUCAGUUUCCUCUGAAACCACCAAUCAGUCGACAACAUCUGACUCAGGUUCUCCUUCACAAACCGCUGCAGAUGUUCGGCUGUUUGUGCUUCCAGCCCUGGCCUUCAUCGCCGCCCUGCUGUCUGCGAUGAUGAUGAUGGUUUUCUGCAGAAGAAGAUCAAAGAAACCUCAAACAGAUUCUCCUGUGGAAACGGAUCAAAGUCCUGCUGCCUGUGAGACGACCAGAAUCGAUGAUGAUGAUGAUGAUGAUGGUGUCAGAGAGGAAGACGGGCGGUGGAGAUCUGCUGACGUGGAAAUCUACCUGGCGUACAUCGACGCCAUCAGCAGCUCUGUGGCUGCAGCCGCUGAUCGGCGCCAAGCUCCAGAUGAUGAAGACGAUGAUGCUGAUGAAGCUGAGGUGAAUUUCUCCAGCAGACUCUUGGACUCAGCUCUCAGAGCCGGUAGAGGCAGCAUCAGUGACGUCCUCUACUCUGACAUCUGCCACGACGAGCUGCUCUACUCAAACAUUUUUUAAUCUGCUCCCGUUUAUUCUGAUGAUUUUUCUUUAUGCUAACAAACUGAGGCUCAUCUGCAGGACAGUCUGGUUUCACACCAACAGAAGCUGAAGUUCUGGAUCAAUUUCAACUGUAGAAAAUGUCCAUUUAAAAGUCCAAAGUAUCAGUUUUCAGUCAUUCCUUGAAGGAAAUCUGGAUUUAUUUACCCUACAUGUGGUUAUGCGCCUGUCUAGCCAGGAGUUAUGUGAAUUUUGUUGUUUGUCUUUUUCUUUGGAACAAAUUCGUUGUUUUUCUGUACGAUGAUUCUGAUGAACCCAAAGUCAAAUCCAUCUACUGUAAUAUAUUCAAUUUGCCAAUAAAAGUUAU